AUGGCAAGAGUACUCGAAGGAAAAUUCGGCAUCGUGACCGGUGGAUCGCGGGGAAUUGGCGAAGCCAUCGCGCGCAAUCUGGCCGCAAAGGGCUGCUCUUUGCUCCUCAAUUUCACCUCAGAGUCAUCCCGCGGGCCAACCGAAGCACUAUGCAAAUCAUUGGCCUCAGACCAUAACAUUGAAUGCGAGAGUGUUCAAGCGGAUUUGAGCCAGCCUACCGAAGGCGUAGCCGCGAUUCUCGGCGCCGCACAUGAGCAUUUCAGCGCCUCAGGAAAGCUCCAGAUCGACAUUCUCAUCAAUAACGCGGGCGUCUCUCAAGACCGAAACCUUAACGACCCGAAGGGCGCCAUCGAAGCCGAACAUUUCCACUGGCAGUACGCAGUCAAUGUCCUGGCCCCUCUCCUCCUCACGCAAGCUUGCGCUCCCUUCCUUCCCACCGACCGCAGCGGCCGCAUCGUCAGCAUCUCCAGUGUAUCCUCGUCUUUGGGCUUCGUCGGCCAAUCAAUCUAUGGCGGAACCAAGGCUGCGAUCGAGGCCAUGACUCGGACUUGGGCGCGUGAGCUCGCUGAUCGUGCCACUGUUAACGCCGUCAACCCCGGUCCGGUGGUUGGUGAUAUGUACUUCGCCACUGGGGAGCAGUUUUGGAAGGAUAUUCAAGGGUAUCAGGAUAACACGCCAUUGAGUAAAUUGGAUCUCAAUGAUGCGGAGACGAUGGCUCGCUUGACGGAUGAGCAAAAGCGGUUGAUUCAGGAGAAGAUGGGCGGACGCCGACCGGCGUUUACUAGUGAGGUUGCUGGUGUCGUUGGCAUGUUGUGCACGCCCGAUGGUCUGUGGUGCACUGGUAGUGUGGUCUGCGCCAAUGGUGGUAUGAAGAUGGGUCAAUAA